AUGCCGAACUCGAUAUCCUUUCCUACCGCCCCUUCCACCCUCAGCUCCUCCCAGUCUAGCGUCGCCGACACCACCGCCCUCUCGCUCGCACACCACCGCACGGCCGCCGAUGUCUGCGAACUCUUCUUCGGGGCGUCCCCGCCCGCCUGGCAGUCCGUCGAGCGGUUCUAUGAUGCGCAUGCAACGUACGAGAACCCGUUCAUAACGGCGACCUCGAGAGAUACCAUCUCGGACGUACACGCCCUCGGCCAUGCGAUCUCCCGGUUGGAUGUCCCGAAGCCGUGGGCCGUGCUCUCCUCGCUCUUCAGAGUAUCGGCCGACUCGCGCUGGGGAUCCUCGUGGUUCCGCGGUCUGAGCAUGUGGAACGAAGUGAACAACAUUUCUGAGUGCGAUACUUUCGAUGGCCACAAACGUACAAUGGUCGAACAUACCCUGCAUAUCCUCAUCUUACCGGGCCUUCACUCGGCAGCAUCCAGCCCAUCCAGCCCACUCCCCGCCGCACACUCCGACUCGACGGUGUCAUUAUUAUCCGACUCUGCCCACUCGCGGGCGCUGCACUUCCAACACUCUAGCCUCUCCUUCUGGCCGCCCUCGCCCUUUCACCUGAAGCUCCCAAUAAUCACGCGGCUCUCCUUCAACGAUGCGGGCAAGAUUACGCACCAUCGCGACUUCUGGGACGUAAAGGACCUGCUCGGCCUCCUUCCGGGCAUGACCCUCUUCCAGUGGAUUAGCGGUCGACUGGCUGCGCAGAGCAUUCGCGGCAUCGUCAGGGUCGGCCGCGCGCUCAUGGGUACUCCACCACACGACGAAGAAGCCGGUCUUCCGCGCACCAGCGCCGCCGCAGGCGGGAAGAGGCAGGCCGCCGAUCCGUAUUGAGUCCAGACCCACGGUCUGCUUCGCGCUCGACGACGGGUCCCGCCUAUCGGGUGCGGUGUAUUUCCUUCGGAGGUCUCUGUAAUUCACGUACUCGGCGUCUUGUAUCAUACCACAUGGAUGUACUACGUAUACGCUGUCAUGCCACAAUUUGUAUUUUAGACUUCCAGCAAUGAC